AUGUCAAAUAUGUUGCCAAACGAAGGAAAAGAGAUAGAAGCAGCAUCAAAACUCGAAAAACUGGAAGGAAAAAAAAAACACUCUUUGCCUUCUUCAGAAAAGAUACCAGUUGAUAUAGUGAUUGACAUAUUAAAAAGGCUUCCUAUAAUGUCAUUAAUGAAAUUCAUGUCACUUUCAAAACAAUGGAAAUCCAUCAUCCAAUCCUCCCCAUUCGUCACGGAUUACAACAGAAGCAUUCAGCCGCCUAAUAAUAUUUUUGUAGGUUAUGAAUCUGAAAAAUAUGUAGAUAUAUUCAAUGCUGAUGAUGAUUUAGAUUACCUCCAACGCCAUACUAUUUGCAAGCAAGCUCAUCUCUGGGGCUUGAAUUUUGAUAGUUUGAUCGAUUACUCGCAAGGCUUGUUUGCAUUUGCAUGUGAUAAACCUAAGGAUGUUGUUAUCUGGAAUUUAUCAAUCGGGAAAUCCGUGCGCAUACCCCUCCACAAAUGGAGAUGGGAUAAUUAG